AUGGCCGAGUGUUUGGAAACGAUCGAACCAGCUGUAUCAAUAUGUACGUGUGGUCUGGAUGAAGGUUAUUUGAACAUUCUUCGGAAUUUAGAAAACAAUUACUUGGAUAAUUUACCACUUGCUGAUCAUCGAAAUAUAUUCUAUCAACAUGAUGGUGAGCCACCCCACAAAGGAUACUUAAUAAACAAUUUCUUAGAAGCUAUGUUUUACGAUCAAGGGUUUGCUAAUAAUGGACCAUUCAAGUGGUCGCCCCGUUCGCCGGAUCUAACAGUCUUGGACUACUUUAUAUGGGGGACAAUAAAAAAUAUUGUUUACCAGAACCCACUGACCACUCUAGAUGACUGUAAGCGGAGAAAAUAA